AUGUCCACUGCUGAACUUGCUCAAGCCGCUCAACAGGCCCAUACCCUCACUCCCGGGUUCUUGGAGGAUGUUAGGGUGGCCACCUCCACGCUUUUGAACUUUUACAACCGUCACAGGGAAGGUCUUCUGGCCCACCAACGGACGGUGGAAGAGGAUGCAUACGGGAAAGCUGAACGAUUUGUAUGUUUGCUCAUCGACAAGAAUAUGUGGUAUAACGCGGCCCAGUGGCUCAACCACCCUUGGAUUUUGGCGUACACGGAAAUGGCCCGAGCGGGACCAUCGGUUGAUUGGACCAAAAUGUUCUCGAUCCCACAACCCACCACCCCUACCUUCUUUAUGGAAGGUUAUGCCGGUCCCUCUCCCCCUUUACCUCCAUCUUCGACCGAUUCAUUGCUCCCAGUCACAGUCCCAACUCCCCCAUUGCCGACGAUGCAGCAGGAGAUCAGAAGACUUGCUCAUGGCCAAGCCGACCUCCUGCAGAAACUCCGAGACCAACAAGCGCAAGUCAGCGUCAUGGAGUCGUCUACCCCUACUAUGCGAGAGUAUUCGGCAUUUGUGGUCCGAAAACAAGAUAUUGACGCAAGUGCCCUUCUCCCCCCGGCGGUUGACUCACCCGUGACCCUGUCACAACGUCUUUUGGCGCUCGAAGAGAUUACCCGGUGUAUUCAAGAUCAAGAUUUGGCUAGCCGUCCUCUGUCGGAGAAAAUUGCAAGUCUAGAGACCUCCGUUUGGUUUCAGGAAGAAAAAAUCACCGGAGCGACUCGCCGGAUGGACCGUAUUGAAGAGUCUGCCCACAUGCGUUGGAAGGAAACACAAGAAGAUUUGCAGUCCAUCCGAAGUGAUCACCAGAGACUGGAAGCCGAGGUGAGGGAAGCCGUCAAGACACUGGAGAACAAGUGGGAGACUACGCCAGCUGCGUUACAAGAGAGUCUCACCCGGGGCUUUGAGAAACUUGCAAGCCGCAUUGAAACUGCCGAGCUAACGCUCCACGACCUCACCAAAUCAGUCACUACUAUUUCGGAGCUCAACCUGCGGCUCGGUGCUCGCCAAUCAAGUCUGGAAUCGCUCAUUAUCCAGUUCCUCGGCAACAAGGAGAAGAAGCACACUGGCAUCAAUACCGAUCGCUCAGUCUCACCCGACCGCGGUCAGAAAAGCCAGCAGGUACAAGUCUCCCCGACCCCGGGUGUCGUUCUGCCAAACCCAGUUUCAACCGAUCAUGCGCAAGUCUCUCCAACCCCGGCCGUCUUUCUGCCUCCAGCAUCUGAGAGCCCAGCGGUCCUUCUGUUGGCGCCAAACCCAAUUCCUCCAACCCGGGCAAGUUCGCCCGGUCCUUACAUUGGGGGUAAUAGGAAGUCACCUCGGCUACAGAAACUCGAACCCACACUUCAAACCCCCGCACAGAUUACAAACAAUGAUGUCCAAACUGUCCAAACUCCGUCUACUUAA